CUAAAUGUAUGAGAGGUAUGUGUUACAUGUUUAUUGAUAAUAGAGCUUUCGUAUCAUUACAAAAAUCUUGUAAGAAUGGUUUACAAGAGAGACAUUUUCCAUCAUAAAGAUAUAUAUCUUUCCCCCGUUUCUCUAUUAACUUAAGUUGCACAAUUGAUUUUAGAAUGUAUCCAAUUAUCCAUUUGAUUCUACAAUAUCAUAUCCAUUUGUUCGAUUUAUGUACAGUUACAACAUACAGAACGGAUAAAAGGACAGAGGAGAAGAGGGAAGACUAACCUGCUAUAACAUAUUUCAGCAGAAGAAGACAAAGACCAUGGAGCCAAGAAAACCUGUUCAGAACCUUACAGAAACAAUUAAUUCCCUACUAGGACGGAAGGCACAUUUUACUUCCAGCUGGGUCAAAUCAGUUUGUGAUAUAAUAAGAAGCCAACGAUCUAAAGGACCAUCCAUUGAAUUGAAGUCAGCAAACCCUAAGACAAGUGAUUCUUUUGGAAACAAAGACGAUGAUUUGGGUGGUGCAAUCUCAAAGAUUGAAGAUGAACUGGCUGCCUUAACAGCCAGCAUAAGUCAACUGAAUAUUCAGAGAAGGCAGGUCCUAAAUGAUUUUCUGGACUUGAAAGGAAACAUUCGUGUAUUUUGUCGUAUAAGGCCCAUCAUGGUGGGGGAGAGUUUUGGCCAUUUUAGACCUGUUGUAGCUUUCGAUUCAAGUAAUGUUCUUCUAAGGCUUUCAGAUAAUAAGAGCAAAAGUUACAGUUUUGACAACGUUUUCCAACCAGGUUCAUCACAAGAUGAAGUCUUCUCUGAAGUUGAACCAGUCAUUAAAUCGGCACUAGAUGGCUACAAUGCAUGCAUUUUUGCAUAUGGGCAGACAGGCACAGGGAAGACUUUCACCAUGGAAGGCACUCCAGAUUUUCCAGGGGUGGUGCCCCGUGCAAUUGAAGCACUCUUUAAGCAAGCGGUGGAUAGUAACCAUACAUUUUUGUUCACUUUCAGUAUGCUUGAGAUUUACAUGGGAAAUCUCAAAGACUUGCUCAUCCCUCAACCAAGAAAAGCAAUGGAUCCUAUGCCCCCAUGUCUUUCUAUCCAAACAGAUCCUAAGGGAGGGAUUGAAAUAGACAACCUUGUGGCCAUCCAAGUGAGUGACUUCAACCAAGCGUUGAGACUGUAUAGACUAGGAUGCCAGUCCAGAUCAACUGCUUCAACAAAUUCUAACAUGAAUUCUAGCAGAUCACACAGCCUGAUUCGCCUAUCGAUCACAUGUUUCAAUGCCCCUGAGAGGGAAAGGGAAACAAAUAAAGUUUGGUUUGUUGACCUUGGUGGAAGUGAGCGUGUACUAAAGACGAAGGCAUGGGGGAGAAGAUUUGAAGAAGGAAAAGCCAUUAAUUUAGCACUUUCUGCUCUUGGAGAUGUAAUCAAUGCCCUUCAAAGAAAAAGGUUUCAUGUACCUUAUAGGAAUAGCAAGCUGACGCAAGUUCUUAAAGAUUCCCUCGGAGAGGGUUCAAAAACGCUGAUGCUUGUCCAUGUUAGUCCCAAAGAAGAAGAUCUGUGUGAGACAAUAUGUUCUUUAAAUUUUGCAACAAGGGCUAGAAGUAUUGAUCUGGGGACUGUAGAUUCAACUGAAAAAAGGAACGAGAGGGAAGAUGCAAUGAUAAAUCUGCAGCAAAAGAUGAAAAUGGUCGAGGAAGAGCGUCGAAAUGUUAAGAGAAACAUUGAAAGGUUAAACGAGAAAUUAGAAACACUAUCGAGGACAGGACCAAAUUCCAAUCAGCAGCUGGAUGCUACCCAUUUAUCUAUUGGAAUGCCCCAACCUAAUCUGGAAAUUUUAUGUAACAAGACUGGAGAUGUCCCCAUAGGUAUCAUGUCACAGUUACCAAGAUUUAUGAGGCCAACUAUAUGCAGCAGAAGAAAAUCUGGAGUAGAUUACCAAAAUUUGGAAGAGAAACACAUAUUCCCUGCAAGAAGGAGAAGGCCAGUGUCUCAUCGUGCUGAGUCUGUGACCUUCCCUGUAAAGGGUAAUUCAGACUACAGCUCAGAGUGCAGUAUAUCCAGAAGUAGCUGUGUGUUGGGUUUGAACAUGAAAGGUAGUGCAGAUAUUGAAACAGAAUACAGCCAAGACACAUCUGAAUGUGAUAUUAAAGCGGUUACAUUCCCAGAACAGGAAACAUCACCAAGGGGUUCAAUCUAUCAAAAUGCUCAACUUAGUCAUAGUGAGGAAUAUGGAAAUAGACUGAAAAAUAAAUGUAGCCCCACAAAUUUUAUGAAGGUUGACAAGUGGCUUCAUCUACAUAAGAAUGAACCUUCUAUCGGUAGUUAUUCUUAUAGGAGUAAAAGGGUUCUAGCUAUUCCUACUUCUGAGAAGAAAUAUGGGUUGAAUGUGCAGAAGCAAGAACACAAGCUUAGAGAUGGGAAAGUGCAUAAUUGUAACUUUAAAAAGAAAGAGAUCUUUUACCCUGAAAAAUUGGAGAAACAAGUUGAUGUUGAGGGAAUUAGACGAUCCAUACUAGAAGAGGUGAUUGAUAAACCUCAAACACUUAUGGAGGACUGUCUCAGUAAGGACUCAAGAUCUGGUUCCAAGUGUGUAUUGCAUGUGAUUGAUGGUGACUUAAUGAUACAAAAAAGAGAUUUGGUACAUUGCCCAUUAACAGUGGACAAUGAGCGUGGCACUUCUUUUUCACCCAAUAUUUGUGGCAGUACUUUCUAUCCAGAUUAUGAUGAUAAUGGUGUCAAUUUAAUGUCUAUGAUUCAGGCGGUAAAAGGUGAAACAAGAUGCCCCGAUAGUUUCUUGCCAAAGAACAUUGGUUGUUGCCACGUGUUGCCAUCUGAUUUAGACUAUAGUGUUGUCAACCCAAAAGAAGAUUCUAACGUCUCAUUGUCCUCAUCAGCUGUGGAACCAGAUUGUCAACAAGUGCCUGCAGUAAUAGGUGUGGAAAAUAGUAAAAAGGAAGACUUUGACACCUCAUCUAGAAGUUCAAUGAAAGGGACAAUACCUUGCCCACAAAAAUUGAGAUCACAAAUAGCUCAAUUGAUGGUCAAUCCAAGUCCAGAGGAACUAACCACACCUUGUGAUAAAUCACAGGAAUAUGAACAGAACGCAGGGAUAUUGCACCUCCUUAGACAGAAAAUUCAGAUUGUAUACUUCAGUGCACUUCUAGGAUUGGGAUUUCAGAAGUUGGGUUAUGAGCAUGACUUCUUCUAUGGUUUAAUGCUUUAAAGCGUUUAGUGACUCUAUUGGCAAUUUUUAAUGCUUUGAAGUGACUCCGUGACGAGAAGGAGUUCUGCAAACAUUACUUGCUGAUUUUUUGCUGGUGGCAGUCAGGGUGGAACUCUCAAUGGACCUGCAAUGUGAUCCUCUUAUUGUAUAUGCUAGGUAGGAACUUCAUUCUAAUAAAGAAAUGCGUAAUUCAUGCACAUAAUGUACCAAGAUGUUUCUGUGUACCAUAUCUAGAUUUAUGCCUACGUCUGUAGCUGAAACCCUCCAACUAAAGGAAUAAAGAG